GCUCGACUUCCUUCUUUUUCACGAAACCUUUUACCGAGGUUGGACGUCUGCUUGCGCUCCGCAAACAAAUUUUUAUAAGGAUAUGUCUGAGACUUUGCAAUUACGCGGUACCCUUUUGGGUCACAAUGGCUGGGUAACCCAAAUCGCCACCAACCCCAAGGAUCCCGAUACCAUCAUCUCGGCUUCUCGUGACAAGACCUUGAUUGUCUGGAAGUUGACCCGUGACGAAGACACCAACUACGGUUUCCCCCAAAAGCGUUUGUAUGGUCACUCUCACUUCAUCAGUGACGUCGUUUUGUCCUCCGAUGGUAACUACGCUUUGUCCGGUUCCUGGGACAAGACCUUGCGCUUGUGGGAUUUGGCCGCUGGCAAGACCACUCGCCGUUUCGAAGAUCACACUAAGGAUGUUUUGUCUGUUGCUUUCUCUGCUGACAAUCGUCAAAUCGUUUCUGGCUCCCGUGACAAGACCAUCAAGUUGUGGAACACCUUGGCCGAAUGCAAGUUCACCAUCCAAGAAGAUGGCCACACCGAUUGGGUAUCUUGCGUCCGCUUCUCCCCCAACCACUCCAACCCCAUCAUUGUUUCCUGCGGUUGGGAUCGUACCGUCAAGGUCUGGAACUUGGCUAACUGCAAGUUGAAGAACAACCACCACGGUCACAACGGUUACUUGAACACCGUCACCGUUUCUCCUGACGGUUCCCUCUGCACAUCUGGUGGCAAGGACUCCAAGGCUCUCUUGUGGGACUUGAAUGACGGCAAGAACUUGUACACCUUGGAACACAACGACAUCAUCAAUGCCUUGUGCUUCUCCCCCAACCGCUACUGGUUGUGCGUUGCCUACGGUCCAUCCAUCAAGAUCUGGGAUUUGGCCUGCAAGAAGACCGUCGAAGAACUCCGCCCCGAUAUUGUUUCCAACGGCUCCAAGGCCGACCAACCCCAAUGUUUGUCCUUGGCCUGGUCCACCGAUGGCCAAACCUUGUUCGCCGGUUACUCCGACAACACCAUCCGUGUAUGGCAAGUCUCUGUCUCUGCUCACUAAGAAGCUAUUUGCAAUACAUAUAUGCAUAUAUCUUAUACACAUUUUUUAUAUUCUCACAAACAACUGCAACAACAACAAGAAGAUAAAGAGCAGCAGCAAAGAAAGGAAGAUGGAAUUUUACAUUAGAAAAAAAGUGUAUAUUAAGAUUUUCUUGAGCGCUGAUUUGUUUAUUAUAUAAACAAAUAAAUAACAAGCAAAAAAUGUAAA